CCCUUUCUUGGCUCCAUGCAUUGAGUGUCUGCAGAGACAACUUCUUUGCAAGAGGCAGACUCACUAGAAAUAGACCCCUUCUUUUCUUUUUUUUCUUCUUUUUUUUUUUGCAGCGUGAUUUUAUUUCAUUUUGGGGUAAUUCCUUUUCACGCACACACACCAAAAAAUCGUCUGCCCCUGUUUUUUCUGCUCUCGUGUCCCGUCUGUCCUGAAUUAGUAAUCCCGGAGCCUUGCUGGAACGAACCCGCUGGACCGGUGCCUUCCUAUUGAGACGCCAGAGAGGCACAGACACGAGCCUGCCUCGGAGAGCAACGACGCCCGCCUCUUAUCAUCCUUUCAAAAAAAAAAAAGAAGACAAGAAAAGAACAAACAAUCGAGUUUAUAACCCCUCUGACAACUCCUCGAGUUCUUCUUCUUUUUCUUUUUUGCCUGCACAAGUUCCAAGGAGGAGUGAUAGUAAGCGGGGGAAUGGGCUACCCGGGCAGGGAGGCGAGAGGAUGGAGAGGAUGGACGCUCCUGGUCUGGGUCGCCGCCGUCACCUGGCUCUCAGCAGACGGCCGCAGAGUGAGGCAGCCCAGAUGUCCCGCCGGAUGCAUCUGCACCAAAGACAAUGCCCUCUGCGAGACUGUCCGGUCCGUGCCUCACACCUUCCCCUCCGACGUCGUUUCACUAUCUUUUGUCAAGUCUGGAUUCAAUGAAAUCACUGGGGGAAGCUUUGUUCACACGCCUGCCCUGCAACUGCUGUUGUUCACAGCAAACUCCUUCGACCUCAUUGAUGAAGAUGCAUUCCUGGGUUUACCACAUCUGGAAUAUCUAUUUAUUGAAAACAACAAAAUUGCAUCGAUAUCUCCAUUUGCUUUCCGGGGCCUGAAAGCACUGAUACAUCUGAGUCUGGCUUACAACAAUCUUGAGACGCUGCCCAAGGAUGUCUUCAAGGGCAUGGACGCUUUGACCAAAGUUGACCUGCGGGGCAACAACCUGAUAUGCGACUGCAAGCUCAAGUGGCUGGUGGAGUGGAUGCACCACACUAACGCCACCCUGGAUCAGAUCUACUGCAGCGCUCCGCCCAUUCACCAGGGGAAGAAGAUCAACGACCUGCUGCCACACUCUUUUGAUUGCAUCACAGCAGAGUUUGCCUCCUAUCAGUCACUGAAGUUCGAGUCCAUCUCAGUGGACGCCUUCACCUUCGCCGAAGAUCAGUAUGUUGUGUUCCCACAACCGUUCGCUGGGACGUGCAGCUUCCUGGAAUGGGAUCACGUUGAGAUGACCUUCAGACCAUAUGACACCAUUGAAAGCACCUCCACCGUGGUCUGCAAGCCCAUGGUGAUCGACGGCCACCUCUUUGUCAUCGUGGCCCAGCUGUUCGGGGGCUCGCACAUUUACAAACGCGACGCCUCCGCCAACAAGUUCAUCAAGAUCCAGGACAUCGACAUCCUGAAGAUCCGCAAGCCCAACGACAUCGAGACGUUCCUGAUCGACGGAGAGUCCUUCUUUGUCAUCGCCGACAGCUCGAAGGCCGGCUCCACGACAGUGUACAAAUGGAACGGCAAUGGCUUCUACUCCCACCAGUCGCUCCACCCGUGGUACCGGGACACGGAUGUAGAAUACCUGGAGAUCUCCAACAAACCCCACCUGAUCUUGUCCAGCAGCUCCCAGAGGCCUGUGGUGUACCAGUGGAACAGGAGCCAGAAACAGUUUGACCGCAGGACCGACAUACCAGAGAUGGAGGACGUCUUCUCCGUCAAACACUUUCGGGUCAAAGGUGAUCUGUUUAUAUGCUUAACAAGAUUCAUCGGGGACUCCAAGGUGAUGCGCUGGGAUGGUGCCAUGUUUAAGGAGGUCCAGACAUUCCCCUCCCGCGGCUCCAUGGUGUUCCAGCCCGUCUCCAUCGGCAAGUGGCAGUAUGCCAUCUUGGGUAGCGAUUAUUCACUGACACAGGUCUACCAGUGGGAGGCCAAGAGGGGCCAGUUUGUCCCGACUCAGGAGCUGAACAUCCAGGCGCCGCGAGCAUUCUCCCUGGUCUCUAUUGACGACCGGGUGUUCCUGCUCGCAUCCAGCUUCAAGGGAAAAACUCAGAUCUAUGAACACCUCAUGAUUGAUUUGAGUCAUUAAACUCACCAUCAAUUCAGGGCGAAUCGUGUACACUGCAGCUUCCUUCAUGCGAUUUUAUUUUAACGCGUUAGUCCGAUUUGAAUCCACUAGCAACUCCCACCUCAGUUCAAAUAAAUGUGUAGCAUAAGCUAAAACUAUCUGAAGAGAUGUUUCAAGUACAAUUCAGGGCCUGAGAUUAGAUGAUUGAAAUUCAUACGUUGGUUAUGAUCAGUCACUUCAUUUUGAGAGGUCUGACACCAUUUCCAAUAUGCAGUUUGGCAACUGGCUGCAACUAAUUUUCAUUUUGAUAAACUCCUUGCAUUUUCAUCUGCAUUCCUUCUUAUUUGGGAAUGUCGUAGUCUCCAUUUGAAAAACUUAAUUUAAACUUUUCUGUGCGAUUUUUUUAGGAUCUGUUGUUAUAUCUUGUAGGACUAUACCUACUAUUUUUUUGUUAUUCAACUCUGUGUGUUUUGUUGAUUUCUCUUGUAGGAAUUUGAUAGCCAAGAUUUAGGAAUGUGGUUGUGCUGAUGACCAUGUAAAAAUAACUAAAUGGUGAAAUAUUUCUUUAGAAAGGGAGGGGAAAUGACAACUGAGACCAUAAGACAUUUUUCCUUUCAUUAAAGGGAUUUCAGGAAACUUCAUGAUAAAAUAAAUAACGCAGUAACCGAUUAGUCACAUCUUCACCAUGACAAGGGAGUUUUUGUCGCUCUCGUGACAAUAUCUGGGCUGUCAGACGCCUUGUAGAGAAUUUGUUAUCUAAUCUAAUCCAAGUUUGACGAUAACGCAACAGCAGCAACACUGUAUUAGUCAUGUUGAAGGUAGGUUGUCACAAAAAGACCAGAGUUUCAGAACAAUACUUGCUUCCAAGCAAAUGUCGGCAGAAGAUUUUUUGACUACUUGCGGAGAUUCAUGUUCAUUCUUCUGGGACGAUACAGACACUCAUAGUGUUGAUUCCUGAUGAAUGACUUCGCUAGAAGCGUCCCACUGUGUCACCCAGCCCUCUCGCUUUCACUGCACUCUUGCCCCUUUUCUCCCUCAUUGACAAAACCAUUGUUAUCUUUACUCGGCAACUGAAAGGCCAACCACUGUGCAGCACCUACUACCUGUGCUUUCACACGCUCUUAUUCUGGCAAUAAAAAAAGAAAGAAAGAAAAAGAAACAGAAUGUUGAUAAAAAAUGUAACAACUCCACUGUUUGCCAACUAGAAUGUUUACCUUUUUACAACACUGUGUAAAGUACUUCAUAUGAUACGGCUUUUGUAUGUAGAUGGGACCACACUCCAGUGUUUUAUUUUUCCUAUAGACAUUUAGUGUAGAUACGUAUGAACAAGGAACACCUCCCUUACACUGUGUGACGUGCAGCUUCUGUAAAACAGUACAGUCUUACUUGUGUCAGUCUAAUGUAGUUAGGUAAGGUUGGGGGAUAACAGGUAUUCAUUUGUCUUCUUAAUCACUGUAUUUUGAGUACAUAAGUAAUAAAUACUAAAAUGCCUAAGCAGAGGUGUGGUUGAGAA